AUGGGCUUCUCUCGCGAGCUGGCAGACGAGGCAUUGCUGAAGAACAAAGCCGGAGUCUUGGAAGCCUUGGCACUUCGUCACAAUAUAGCUCGUAGCGCCCUACGAAAGAACUAUCACUUGUCAUUUGGCGAUAUGGCUCGUAAGCGCAAAAGAACGGCAGCAACAACUAUACCGUACGCGUACCAGUGCGUCAGUCGCAAGUUGAAUCAAGUCUGUGGUCUGGAGUUCCUGCGCAAAGAGCUCCAGUGA